AUGAGCUCCUCCAGGGCAAAAAAUCACCAUCACGCUGAGGGGUUCUGGACCCUGGGGCCAGGCACAGGGCCAGGCACACAGUGGAUAGGUAGCAAAGGCUUGCUGGGCGCUGUGGGAGAGAAGGGAGGGGAGGCAUUGAGGAGCAAGAGAAAAGGAGAAGCCAAAGGCCAGACGGGCAGAGAAGGAAAGCUUCGUGGAGCGCAGUCUCUUCAUCGCGACCCAGGGAGGCCCACCAAGAGCAGAACUGAGGCUGUGAAACAGAGGGAUGGAGGCCUGAGGGACCCAGGCCAGUGGGCACCGACAAGUGAGCCUGAGCAGACAGAACCAUCCCCAUGCUCAUCUGGUUCCCUCCUCCUCCUCCUGCUCCUCACCCCCUUCCUCCUCCACCUCCUCCUCCUCCCCCUCUCCCUCCCCCUCUUCCUCCUCCUCUGCUUCCCCCUUUUCCUCCUCCUCCUCCCUUUCCUCCUCCUCCUCUUUCUCCUCCCCCUCUUCCUCCUCCUCUUCCUCCUCCUCUUCCUCCUCCCCUCUUCCUCCCCCUCUUCCUCCCCUUCUUCCUCUUCAUCCUCCCCCUCUCCCUCCCCCUCCUCUUCUUCCCCUCUUCCUCCUCCCCCCUUCUUUCCCCCUUCCUCCUUCCCCUUCCUCCUCCUCCUCCUCCUUCCCCUUUUCCUCCUCCUUCUCCUAUGCUCUUUUUCCUCCUCGACCUUUUCCUCCUCCUCCUCCUCCUUCCCCUGCUUACUCCUCCUUCCCCACACUCUGAAAUGAGCACAUGGCUCACACUGAGAGGACAAACUCCAGCUGAAUUUAGUUGUAGCUGUGCUUCCCCAAAAUGCUUUGAGGAUUCAUGAGAACCAGUAGAUGCCUCUCUGCUUCCUCACUACACACCUAAUUUUGUAGCCCCAGAACAGGUGUGACUCAGGCAGAGGAGGGGCUACACAGGUGUCAGUGCCCCCAGCCCUAGGGAGACCACUACAGACAGACUUCCCGGUGGGACCUGGCCCCCGCCCAUGCAUGGUGGCCACGGGCAUGAGGAGGAUGAUAAUGACAAGGGAAGCCACGAUGACCACAGGGUUUAUAGAGAUCUCGCCAUUUGCUGGGCAAUGUGGAGGAAUGUUACACCAUGUCGCCUCCCCGUCACCUGCAGGGCAGGUAUCAUUGCCCUGCAUUCUAUUGAGGAGGAAAUUGAGCUGGAAGUGCCCAAGAUCACAUCGUUAAUAAGUGGCAGGGCCUAAACAGGCCCUUAGCCAC